AUGACCUGGUUGUCCUAGAUUCAGUCUAGCACAGGUAGAAGCUUUAUCGGACACCAUUUCCAAAUCAAUUGUCUUACACUUGGCAAGAUUCUUGCUAUGGAAAGUUUAUCACCACUACCUAUGGACUGAACUGAGUCGAUGCUGUUGGUCUAGUGCUAAUGGUGUGAGUGUGGAUGUGCAUGUUUAGAAGUUUCAGUACGAGAUAAAGUUGUCAAGCCCCAGAAAAUGUCGGUAGAAUCCAACACGGCUUUUAGGAAUGCUGGUUUGGACACACUGGAUAUAAGUGUGAUUGUUAUAUUUCUCAUCUUUUGUCUUCUGGUUGGCAUUUGGGCAACAUGGCGGACACAGAGAGGUACAGUCAGUGGUUACUUUUUGGCGGGAAGAGAUAUAUUAUGGUUCGCGGUUGGCGCCUCGCUGUUUUCCAGUAACAUUGGUAGUGGUAGUUUUGUAGGUCUGGCUGGGACUGGAGCAGCCAAUGGAAUAGCUGUGGCUAGUUAUGAACUUAAUGGCUUAUUCUGUUUGCUGUUGUUGGGAUGGUUGUUUGUACCAGUCUAUAUAGCCAGUGGGGUGUAUACCAUGCCGGAAUAUCUAAUGAGAAGGUUUGGAGGUCAAAGGUUGCAGCUGUACAUGGCUGUCCUGUCACUCAUUAUCUACGUGUUCACCAAGAUCUCAGCAGAUAUUUACGCAGGUGCCAUAUUUAUCCAGCAAGCAGUGCAGUGGGAUAUGUACGUGUCUAUUGUGGUCCUGCUAGUCAUCACAGCUAUAUAUACAGUUUCAGGAGGCUUGCGUGCUGUGAUAUAUACUGACACGUUACAGACUAUUGUUAUGGUGAUUGGCUCCUUGGUCCUCAUGGGAAUAAGUUUUCACAAGGUAGGAGGUCUAUUGCCUCUCUAUGCUAAAUAUCCUCACGCUAUCGCUGCAGCAUCUAUCAACAGUACAGUCAGCAGCAAUUGCGGUAUCCCUACCUCCGAAGCUUUUCAUUUGCUGAGGUCAGCUGACGGGGCCGACUUGCCUUGGCCAGGAAACAUUUUUGGUAUUACCAUUUUGAGUAGCUGGUACUUCUGUAAUGACCAAGUGUUAGUUCAAAGAACACUUGCAGCUAAGAACAUGCAUCAUGUCAAGGGCGGCUCAAUUUUGGCAGCAUACCUCAAAGUUCUGCCCUUAUUCACAACAGUUUUUCCAGGAAUGAUCAGCCGUGUGCUGUUUCCAGAUGAAGUGGCCUGCACUGAUCCAGACAUUUGUGAGAAAGUGUGUAGUAACAGAGCAGGGUGUACCAACAUCGCCUAUCCUAAAUUAGUCAUUGAGCUUCUACCCACAGGUCUAAAAGGUUUGAUGCUGGCCUCCAUGAUGGCCGCCCUGAUGUCAUCUUUGACUUCUAACUUCAACAGUGCUGCAACCAUCUUCACAAUCGACAUCUGGAAGAGGUUCCGUGCUCGAGCUACAGAAGCAGAAAUGUUGGUCACUGGUCGAAUUUUUAUUCUCUUGCUUAUGGGUGUCAGUGUUCUGUGGAUUCCGGUACUUCAAGCUUCCCAGGGAGGACAACUCUUCAAUUAUAUUCAAACUGUAACGGGCUACUUCGCUCCCCCUAUUCUAGCCAUAUUUCUACUGGCGGUCUUAUGGGAGAGAACCAAUGAGCAGGGAGCUUUCUGGGGGCUGAUGGUCGGCCUUCUGGUGGGGCUCAUCAGAAUGGCACUGGAUUUCGGCUACGGUAGUCCUGGCUGUAUGGACGAGGAUGUCCGUCCGUGGGUCAUCUCUAAGGUCCACUUCCUCCACUUCACCAUCCUCCUCUUCGUCAUCAGCUUUGUGGCCACGAUGGUGAUAUCCCUGAUGACGUCACCCAUUGACCCAAAACACACCGUCCGUCUGACCUGGUGGACCAGGCACAGCAGCAGACAGAGGGAGGACUUCCCCGCUGAGCACAUCCGACAGGUCAAAGCCGAGGAGAGGAAAGCGGAGAUCAUGCAGGCAUCUGUUGGAGGUCAGGUCAGUCUACCCAGAUGGAGAAAGUUCAUGUACAUUUUGUGCGGAUAUGAACCACCCGUCGAGACGACCUUGACCGAGGAUGAAAUAAAUGAACAGAAGAAAAUGUUGACAUGCAUCCAGGAGUCUGGCUUUUGGAAACAUUUUGUCAAUGCUAACGCGCUGUUACUCAUGGCUUUCGGUCUCUUUUUGUGGAUAUUUUUUGCAUAAAUCAAUUAAAUUUUAUGUUGUUAUA